AUGGUCGUCGUCCUGGGAGCCGUCGUGACUUGUCCCCCAGUUGUCGCUCUCGUUGGCCAGCCCGGCGCUGCCGCUAUCAUUCCAGCUCUUGGGGCUAGCCAAGGCAUCACUUCCGCCGGAGCAGCUGUUAUGGCAGUGGGCGAAGGGGCAGUCGUCGGGGCAGGAGUUGUUGGUGGUGGUAGUGGUAGUGCUGGCAUUGCCCUUGCCACGUUCGUCGGACCUAUCGGCUGGGCAGUUGUGGGAUGUAAGGAAAACAACAAUCAACACGGCAAGAGCGGCUACACCUGGGACUGUUGGAAGCCUAUCAUCCGAGAUACAUCAACAGUGGCAUCUGAUGGCAUGACUCUUCGCUGCCUGGCUACACAUCCGAACAUCCAGUCUAUGUCAUUCGAACAGGGCGAGCUUUUGGUGGAGAACAUCUUUGGCGAGCACUUCCGACUCACUCCUGUCAAUAUUGAGGGGUCACUCGCUUUCCAUGCGUCGACUCUCUCGUUGUGA